AUCAUGGAGGAUCAGACUGUGUCCGUCAGAGGAAGGCAGAGAGCGCUCUGAUCCCGGGACUCUCUCUACACUUCACCGAUUAUUAAUCACCAAAAACACCAAAUAUUACAACAUGGAGAUGAAGAAGAGGAUCAGUCUAGAGCUGCGGAACAGGACCCCGGCGGAGGUAGCAGAGCUGGUGGUGGAUAACUGUCGCUCAGCUGAUGGAGAGGUUGAAGGUCUGACAGAUUCCUUCACAGAGCUCGAGUUUCUCAGUAUGGUCAACGUGGGUCUGAGCUCGCUGGCUAAACUGCCCUCACUGCCCAAACUACGCAAGUUGGAGCUGAGUGAUAACAACCUGUCUGGUUCUCUGGAGACUUUGUCACAAAAAUGUCCCAACCUGACCUACCUCAACCUGAGCGGGAACAAGAUCAAAGAGCUGACCAACGUGGAGGCGCUGCAAAACCUGAAGAGCCUGCAGAGUCUGGACCUGUUUAACUGUGAGAUUACGUCUCUGGAGGACUACAGAGAAAGUGUGUUUGAGCUGCUGCCUCAGGUCACCUACCUGGACGGCUUCGACCAGGAAGACAACGAGGCUCCUGACUCUGAGGCUGACGACGAAGAUGAGGACGGUGAGGAAGGAGCGGGGGCGACCGGCGACUACGACGAGGAGGACGAUGAAGACGAGGAUGAGGACGGCUCAGAGGGAGGAGAGGUGGGGCUGAGCUUUCAGGUGAACCGUGCAGAUCAGGUGGGCAACACAGGCUUCAGUCUGCAGGACGACGACGAUGACGAGGACGACUACGGAGAGGAAGAGGAGGAAGAGGAUGCAGCGGCGGCCGGCGCUCAGGGACAGAAGAGGAAGAGAGACGUGGACGACGAGGGCGAGGAUGACGAUGAUGAUGAAGACGAUUAGGCGUGUUGGAGCGUCGGUGUGUCGUCCUGUUUCUGUCCGUCUGUCCUGACCUCCGACCCUCCGACCUCCGACCCCUCCGCAGGAACAGAGUGAUCUGAGUUCAUUUCAGUUUGAAUAUCAGCUCCUUUAUUUUUAGAUAAUAUAUAAAAAUGACAGAGAGAAGAUUUUAUCAGAGCUUCGUUUCCCUUUAAACCGGCUUCCUGUCCGUCAGUCCGGCUUCCUGUCCGUCAGUCUGGCUUCCUGUCCGGCUUCCUGUCCGUCAGUCCGGCUUCCUGUCGGAGGAAAAGAAAACGAAAGAUUCAUUCUUCUUCUUCUUCUUCUUCUUCUUCUUCUUCUUCUUCUUCUUCUUCUUCUUUCUUCUUUCUUUUUUUCUUUGUUUGUGGUUUUUUGACUGUUUCCUGUCGGCGGCUCCAAACACGUUUUAUUUUUUACAAACUUCAGGGACUGGACGCUCUUCUUCUUCCUCUUCUUCUUCUUCUUCUUCUUCUGGAGAAUAAACCAGCAGCUGACGAGCUUCAAGAGCCGAAUACAAGACUCUUCUUCUUCUUCUUCUUCUUCUUCUUCUCUGAGACUAAAACUCGCUGGUGUCGGUUCUUCUUCACUCAGAGCUUUACAGAAAGUCUCAAACAGCUUUAAUGAGCUCUGAGUUAUAUUUCUGAUCAGUUUAAUUAUUGAACUCUAGGAAUCAGCUGAUCAUCUUUCAUGAGUCUUGUAUUCGGAUCUUUUUCAUCUCAGACUUCAGCGGCGUGAAGACGAGGAGUUCAAACCUUCAUCAGACCUGCAGCCAUAUCUGAGGAGAGCGCCCCCUUCAGGACCUUCCUUCCUUCCUUCCUUCCUUCCUUUCCUUCCUUCCUUCAGUCGUCCAGUUUGAACAUUUUUAACUUUUCUUUCCCGAACUGAACGAACGACGAUCGCAUCGACUCUUCUGUCACGUUUUAGAAAUAUGCAGACCUGUAGCUCGGGUCCCCGUUUAGGAUACGUGAGAAUAUUCCCCGUGUGUGUGUGUGUGUUUGAUUUAUUGUAGGGAUUUUACAGGGAACAUUAGGGGCGGGUGGGAGGGAACUUUAGCUCUGAGGUGUGUUUUUCUGUUUUUUUGCCGUUUUUUUCGGUUGAUGGCGACGAGUUUUUGACCCUGAAGAGCAGCUGUUGAUGUUUUUUUAGUUUGAUGCCCUCAAACUGCCCGUCCCCCCCACUAUGCCCCCCCACUAUGCCCCCCCACCCAACAUGCCCCCCCACACUAUGCCCCCCCACCCACUAUGCCCCUCCCCCCUCAUAAUGAUCAGGCCGCCGUGUCACGCCUCAGGCUCCGCCUCCGACCAAUCACAGGACGAUGCGUUCAGGUGCUGUUUUAAUUAAAUCCUCAAAGGUCGUUUUUACUAAAUAUGAAAAUUUUACCUCAAAAUUUAACUUUAUAAAAAGUUUCAAACAGAAAGAAAAGAAAAAACCAAAUGCGUUAACAUAUAAAAUGUAAUUUAGGAUCAUUUUUAUAACUACGGAUGUUUUUUAGUUUUUCUAUAAAAUGUCAAAAAAAAUAACUUUAACUAAAAAAGAAUGAAAUUGAUUAAUCAGAGAAAUGUUUCAGCUUUAAAAAGAUUAAAAAUAAUUUGUAUUAAAAUGUUAAAUGAACUAAAUUUCUUGCUGAUUUUUAGACCACGUCACAUGACCUGGAGUCUGAUUUAUAUUUUAUUACCAGUUUAAAACUCUAUAAAACAGAUCAAUUUAAAAGCUCCUGAACGCACCAGUUAACCCAGUAACCAGCUGACGGUCAUGUGAGGCGUUAUUAUGGGAUGUUGGGCGCUGGAGGCGGAGCCUGCGUCUGAUUCGCUGUUUCCUGCUGCGUUCAAAGACCAACAAACCUGGUGGGAAAUUUAAUGGUUUAACUAAAAACUGCAGAAAAUAAUAAAUAAUAAUAAUAAUUUUGCACAAAUGGACAAAAAACUCCAAACAUCAUGAAGUUCUGGCAGGUUUGGUCUCAGCAGGAAGUUCGUACAGUUUUUAACUCUGCUGUAAAGUUUUUAGCUUUCUGUCGUUUACACUCUUUAAAAACAACGCGCGGCUUUAAAUCAGCUGAUCCGGAGCUUUUGAUCACAUGAUCUUCAUCUUCCAGGUUUUCACUGAAAAUGGUUCAAUUUCACGAUUUUCUUGAUUUUUCUUUUAAAAGUUACAUUUUUCGCGUUUCAUUCUCGACUCUCGAGGUUUGCUGUUUUCUAGACCUGCGGUUGCCACGACAACCAGUCAAACUCCGACGUCGGGAACAGUUUAACGUUUCCUUCGACUCGAGUUUUAACUUUUAAAACUUAAAUGAAUCAGAAACAGAUUUAAGGAAGCGUCACAUAUCCGCUGCUCGUCGCGGGUUCGAUUCCCCGCUCGGCCGUUAAAGCAUCGCGUUGUUUAGAAGAGUGUAAAGGUCAAAGGUCACGUCUCAGACUUGAUGAGGUCAGUCUGAACUUUGUGGUUUUUAAGGCAAUAUAUUGUAAAUAGACUCUCGGCUCAGUUUCAGGUUUGUUUUUAUUUUUUAACGAUUCAGUAAUUUUACAGAUUGUUGAUAGUUGAACCACGUCUGUGACCUUUGACCCCGGCUCACUCCUCCUCCUGUCAGCUGUUACUUUCCCUCCAUCGUCCCGGCAACAACAACAGUGUUUGUCUUUUUGUGUUGUAACGAAACAAUAAUGAUAAUGAGGGUUUUUAAAUAAAAAUA